AUGGCAAGUUAUUUUUUAGUUUCAAAAGCUUUGAUUCUGCUUUGGCUAACUUGCAUAGUGGUCACACAGGCACGAUCACAACCGUGGUCACCACUCCAAGCACCCAAAGAACUAGCCUUGAAGCUUAUUCGUGACCCUAUGACCCUUUCACUAGCUUCAACCGAUUUUGGUCGCAUAAUUCACGAUAACCCUUUAGCAAUGUUUGCCCCAUCAUCCAUUAGUGACAUAUCCAAUUUGAUAAAAUUCUCAAAUUCUCUUCCCAUACCUUUCACCAUAGCUCCUAGAGGCCAAGCCCACUCGGUUCAUGGACAAGCCAUGACAAAUGAUGGGAUUGUGGUGAACAUGACAGAGUUGAGUGGUUUUAGAAAUGGGGCUGGGAUUAUUGUGUAUGAUGGGAAAACUCCAUAUGCAGAUGUGGGUGGUGAACAAAUUUGGAUUGAUGUGCUGCAUGCAACCCUUGAGCGUGGACUUACACCCCUCGCUUGGACUGAUUAUUUGUUCUUAUCGGUUGGUGGAACUCUCUCCAAUGCUGGGAUCAGUGGCCAAGCCUUCCGAUUUGGUCCUCAAAUUUCCAAUGUUCAUGAAUUGGAUGUUAUUACGGGGAAGGGAGAUCUAGUGACUUGUUCAGCGGAGAAGAACUCAAACUUAUUUUACGCCGUUCUUGGAGGUUUAGGUCAAUUUGGAAUCAUAACCAGAGCAAGAAUAGCUCUAGGGACCGCACCAACCAGGGUGAAGUGGCUUCAUUUGCUUUACGACGACUUCUCAGCGUUUUCUAGAGAUCAAGAACACUUAAUCUCAUUCAAUGGAAGAAACGAAACUAAUGCUGCUGAUUAUGUAGAAGGUUUGCUUCUGCUAAAUCAGCCACCACUGGACCUUUCCUUUUAUCCAGCACCUGAUCAGCCUCGCAUUACUUCCCUUGUAACCAAAUACGGCAUAAUCUAUAUUAUAGAGCUUGUCAAAUAUUAUCACAAUAGUUCUCAAACGCAUGUGGAUGAGGAUGUAAAACAUUUGUUGGAGGGGUUAAAGUUUGUUCCUACAUUUAUGUUCGAGAAAGAUGUGUCGUACGAAGAGUUUCUGAACAGAGUUCAUGCUAGCGAGGUUUCGCUUAGGUCACAAGGGCUUUGGGAUAUUCCUCAUCCUUGGUUAAACCUUUUCAUUCCAGGAUCUCGAAUCUCCGAUUUCAAUGAAGGUGUAUUCAAGGGCAUUAUUUUUGAGCAAAAUAUCACUGCAGGAGUCGUGCUAAUCUACCCCUUGAACCGAACCAGGUGGGAUGAUAAGAUGUCAGCAGUUACACCUGAUGAAGAUAUUUUCUAUGCGGUGUCUCUUCUGCAUGCAACUGGGUCUGAUAAAGUGGAGGAAUUUCGAGUUCAAAACCAACAAGUAUUACAGUUCUGUGCAGAUGCUGGAAUUGGGUUCAAGCAAUAUUUGCCCCAAAACAAAACACGGGAACAAUGGGUGGAACACUUUGGUCCCAAAUGGAAAGUUUUCGAAGAAAGAAAACUUCAAUUUGAUCCAAACAGAAUAUUGUCACCUGGACAAGGGAUUUUCAAUUAA